ACAAAAAGAUCGCCAGAACAACUGAUUUUACUUUGCUCAUGGAAUUUAAUUCAAAAAUAUUAAGAACUAAAGACUUUUGCUGCACAUUAAGUGGUGUUCUCUGUACAUGAUGUAAAGUCGUGAUAUUAUUAUGUAGUACGUAUUUAGAAGUUUUGAUAGUAUCUCUAGUAACAACUCAUUAACUACGAACAGGAUGAUCAAAGAAAUCGCGUAAAGAUAUGUCUUCUGAACAACAUAAAGAGAGUAGAAUGAGUAGCACCCUGAGUGCCCUUGGCGGUGGCGAGGCGUGUGGUGCGCGAUGGACCCUGGGUGCUCUGCUCCUUGCUCCUCUUGCAGCAGCAAACUCCAGUUAUUGCGCUGUACCCGCUAUUAUUCUGUUAUCUGCUUUCGCAGUCAUUGCCACUUUAACAUGUAAAGACCUUAAAAAGCUAGCAGAAAUUCUUCCGCCACCGAAAACUGUGAGAGGGAGACGCGAAAGGAAUCUGCGUUCCUUUGCCGAUUUUAUGGCAAUGUGGAUGACAUUUCUAUCACAUUUGGUAGCAGUAGCUAUAUGUGCGAGGAUAUUAAGUGCAACUGCCGAUCAUGUUACCGGAGGUCGCACCCGACGAUGGUUAUUCGGGUAUGAAACGAGAGCCCUGGGAGAACCAUGGCCUGAUGUACUGGGAGUGACCGUGGUGAUCGUCGUCUGUGCUAUGUUCAUGUGUGGACUGGAAGAAAGUAUGAUGUUCACGUUCAUGUUAUUGAUACUCCUGUAUAUAUUCAGUCAAUUUUUCGCCAUAUUUGGACUUAUAAAUCUAGAUAUCGCCAAUAUAAAUAUGCCUAUUCCUAUAUCCAUUUAUGAGCUUUUUGCAGCAGGUUCGCCGGUUUGCUACGCUUUUAGUGUUGUUUUACCAAAAGAAAGUGGAACUCUUAAGAAAAAAAUGUUCUUGACAACAGGAUUGCCUGCAAUAGUUUUAACGGGGUUAUGUUUUCUAUACACCAACAUGUUAAAAGGGAGCAGUGUUGACGCCGCUCUACCUAUUACGACACUGGUCGAGGCAAGAAGUGCGGGUUGGGUGUGUCCCGUACUAGCUGCCGUCACUGUAGCAGGAGUAUGUCUUUCUUUGACAGAACUAUGUCCUUUACUUUUCACAGUAUUGGUAGCUUUAGCAUCACCAGAGUGGAAGGUUCUGACUAGAUCAAUGACGUACGAAAGUACUUCGACUGGGAGUCCGGUCCUAGCGGUUUUCACGGCCGGAAGUCUGGCAGCUAUACUGGCAUUCGCUUGUCCGUUGUCUCACAUGAUUACUCUUAUGAACGCAAGUCACUUACUUAGUAUCUCUAUCCAAGCGUUCCAUCUUAUGGUUAUGCGUUGUGUACCGACACUUGAACAAAAGGAGGCUGGCGACGUAGAGUACAAACGCCUGGGAAGAGAUGCUGCUCCUCGUGGAUCUAAAUCAACAUCUAGUAGAGGCAGAGGUAGUUUAUGGUUCAUCCCUUCCGCUAUACGACACACUAAGACUCUUGAAAGCAUUAAGUCAAAAGUAAUUUCAAAAGAAACAGAAGAUCGAGAAUGCCUUCUGUUAGAUGAAUAUGCGGGCUGUCCUUCAGAAGAUCCAAUCUCUUGUAGCAGUGGUACUAGAAAAAUUGCAACAGAGGACUUGGAUGUCGUACCUUCAGACGCCGAAGCGAGCGAAGGAGAAAUUACCUCAGGAGAUGAUUCUACCGACAUUGAUGCAGUUGUUAAAGAGUAUAGAGAUAGAAUACAGGUUGUAACAUCAAUACCGGAAGCGAGUGCGCCUUCUCCUCCAUGUGCGCGAGGUGCACGAUGGUCUGCAGCAGGUGCACUGAUUCAAAUUGUAGCCGACGCAUUCCUGGCCGCUGGUUUUUGCAGUCAAGAUAUUAGACUACCAAUGUUCGCCACUGGACUACCACUUUGGAUAUGUGGCACCUUUAUAUGCAUGUAUCAACCAUCUCAUAAGUUAGGGAUGAGUAAAAUUCAGUACAUUCAAGGGCCAUUAACGAUGACGACAGCUUUACUCUUUCUGACACCGCUCCUUUUAGAUUCCUGGCCAGCUAUUACUCUUUUCGCGGGAGCAGGUGUGGUAAUAUACGCUCGCUGUGAACGCUGGUGCGGGGACCUUGCAGUGCAACAAGCCCGUAGUGCCAUAGAGCGACGCAAGCUGCGACACGUCGCCUCCACAGUGCCUCUCACCGGUGCUCGGCUUGCGCAUAUAGAUACUGUAUUUAUAACCAGAUGACAUGAGGAUGACUCGGAUACGAGUCUUGACAAUUUAUUGGAAAAUGAUGACGAGGAACCGGAUCCUGACGUCGAAUGACAGUCAGCCGAGGCUGUCAUCAUCAUCACCACAUAAAUUUCUCAUAAUGUGUACGUCUUUUCAAGAGUGUGUGUGAUGGGUGACAAGCGAAAGCAUAUUAAUGUGAUAAAAUGACAUUUACUCACAUCAAUAUACGUACAGUCAAUAAAAUGUGCAAUUAAAUUUAGUGAUACUAUAGUACCACGUACUCAUGCAACGCAUUGUGACUUAUGAAUCCUUAAUGUGAAAAGAGAUGAUUUAGAAAUAGAACAUCUCAUAAAAUUAUAGCGUCGAAUCUACUUUUUCUUAAAAUCACAAUUUUUUUUGGAUUUCCUUAUAGUUUUUCUCUUUUCUUAGGAUCUUGACCUCUUAAACUUUAGUAGCUGUAAUCUUAUCUGAAACAUGGUCGUUUAAAUAAGUGUAUUGUUUUAGUAACCAAUUACAAUUUGAGUAGUUGAGAUCGUAUUCGUAAGAUUCGUAAUAAAACUGGGUAGGACUAAGUAGUAUUUGCGUGACAAGAAAAUCCUCAAAUACCUACGUGUUUCAGUUUUAUUAUUACUACUUGACGUGUGCUACAAUAACGUAACCUUUUCUUACAUACCAUUCACAAUAAAUAUAUUCUUUUAAAUAAAUAAAAAAACUCAC